GGCUCUUUGUGACCAAGUUGUUGUUGCGCAGGUAUAAAGGGCUGUAAGCACCUACAAUAAAGGUGGUUCUUGGUUCUUUGUUCUCUUCCAGGACGGGAGUCCGUGCCUCUUUCGCCGCACCCGCAAGGGAUCUCGGGGCUCUCUUGCCGCAGGCACCUGAACAGUGACUGGAAAGGCAUACCAGUCUGGAGCAGGCUGAGAGAAGCGCAGGGCUGGAGAGAAGCAACAGGCCGAGAGGACCUAGAAAGAGCUGAAAAAAGCUCUAUGAAAAACAGAAUUGAAAAAAGCUGUGUCGAAAAGGAGAGCUGAAAGAAGCUCUAGAAAGAGAUGGCUGGAAGAGGCCCUAUCCUGCUAAAAGAAGCGCUAGAAUGAGAGAAGUAUUACCGUCCCCAACCGAUUGCCCUUCGCUGGACAAAGCCAAGAGUGAUAUUCGGAGUGACACAGAGUAUAUGGAUCAGGAUCAAGAGGUUCUGCAUAAUAAUGAUUACUUCAAGAACAGAGCUGGUAUGUGCCUAAUCUCUACAAAAGACAACGUUAGUGCACUUCUAUGCUGCACCCUAGCGUGCUGGUGUUCUUUUUGGAGUGAAGCACCAGGAGGAGGGAUGCCUGGUUCUAGGUGGUGAAGGUUGUUUGAAAUUAUGGGCCAACUUAACUCAAACAGGCAGUGGAACUGGAGUAAAUUUGAAACAAAGAAAAAUACAUUCAAAGAACUGCAUUCUUAGUCCUACCUGGGUGAGAACAGCUCUGGCUAUGAUGAACAUUUGUCAAGGGACAAAUAACAAGUUGACCCAGCUGGGGCACGUGGAAGACCAUUUCACCAGCCUGCAGAGAAUGUACAACAACUGCGAAGUGGUACUGAGUAACCUGGAGAUUACCUACGUGGAGCAUAAUCGCGAUCUCACCUUCCUUAAGACCAUACAGGAGGUUGCAGGCUAUGUGCUCAUUGCGCUUAACAUGGUGGACGUCAUUCCCUUAGAAAACCUCCAGAUUAUCCGAGGGAAUGUGCUUUAUGACAACUCUUUUGCCCUGGCAGUUUUAUCCAAUUACCACAUGAAUAAAACCCAGGGACUUCGAGAGCUGCCAAUGAAACGGCUAUCAGAAAUUCUCAAUGGAGGUGUUAAAAUCAGCAACAACCCCAAACUGUGCAACAUGGACACUGUUCUCUGGAAUGACAUCAUUGAUACAAGCAGGAAGCCUCUCACAGUACUUGACUUUGCAAGCAAUCUUUCUUCUUCUUGCACCCAUUGCCCCUUGUCCUAUCACUGGAUGUCACUGAGAGGAGCCUGGAUCCUUGAGCCUUGUCCAAAAUGCCAUCCGAACUGCACAGAAGACCACUGCUGGGGUGCUGGUGAACAGAACUGCCAGACUUUAACAAAAGUCAUCUGUGCCCAGCAAUGCUCUGGCCGGUGCAGAGGAAAGGUGCCCAGUGACUGCUGCCACAAUCAGUGUGCUGCAGGGUGCACAGGACCUCGGGAGAGUGACUGCCUGGCAUGCCGCAAGUUUCGGGAUGAUGCUACCUGCAAGGACACAUGUCCCCCACUGGUCCUCUAUAACCCCACCACCUAUCAAAUGGAUGUCAACCCCGAGGGAAAAUACAGCUUUGGAGCCACUUGUGUGAGGGAAUGUCCACACAACUAUGUGGUGACAGAUCAUGGCUCCUGCGUUCGCUCGUGUAAUACUGAUACUUACGAAGUGGAAGAAAAUGGUGUUCGGAAGUGUAAAAAAUGUGAUGGGCUAUGUAGCAAAGUGUGCAAUGGCAUUGGAAUAGGUGAACUUAAAGGGAUCCUAUCCAUAAAUGCCACAAACAUCGACUCCUUCAAAAACUGUACGAAGAUCAAUGGGGAUGUCAGCAUUCUUCCUGUUGCAUUUCUAGGGGAUGCCUUCACAAAGACACUACCCCUUGACCCUAAGAAGCUGGAUGUCUUUAGAACAGUCAAAGAAAUAUCAGGAUUUUUGUUGAUUCAGGCCUGGCCUGAUAAUGCUACUGAUCUCUAUGCUUUUGAAAAUCUGGAGAUUAUCCGAGGCCGAACCAAGCAGCACGGCCAGUAUUCCCUUGCUGUUGUUAACUUGAAAAUACAGUCGUUGGGGCUGCGCUCCCUCAAGGAAAUAAGUGAUGGAGACAUUGCCAUUAUGAAGAACAAGAACCUCUGCUAUGCUGACACCAUGAACUGGCGCAGCUUGUUUGCUACUCAGAGUCAGAAAACAAAAAUUAUACAGAACAGAAAUAAAAAUGAUUGUACUGCUGACAGGCAUGUGUGUGACCCGCUGUGCUCGGACGUGGGCUGCUGGGGCCCAGGGCCCUUCCACUGCUUUUCCUGCAGGUUUUUCAGUCGCCAGAAGGAGUGUGUAAAACAGUGCAACAUCCUGCAAGGGGAGCCACGUGAGUUUGAAAGAGACUCCAAAUGCCUCCCCUGCCACUCAGAGUGUCUGGUACAGAACUCCACUGCAUACAACACAACCUGCUCUGGACCGGGCCCAGACCACUGCAUGAAGUGUGCCCAUUUUAUAGAUGGUCCCCACUGUGUGAAGGCCUGCCCCGCUGGGGUCCUGGGUGAGAAUGAUACCCUGGUCUGGAAGUAUGCAGAUGCCAAUGCUGUUUGCCAGCUCUGCCAUCCAAACUGUACACGAGGGUGCAAAGGACCAGGUCUUGAAGGAUGUCCAAAUGGCUCUAAAACUCCAUCUAUCGCGGCUGGUGUUGUCGGAGGACUCCUGUGCCUGGUUGUGGUUGGUCUAGGCAUCGGUCUUUACCUGCGGCGACGUCAUAUCGUGCGGAAGCGCACCCUGCGCAGGCUGCUGCAAGAGAGGGAGCUUGUCGAACCACUGACACCCAGUGGGGAGGCACCAAACCAGGCCCACCUGAGAAUUUUAAAGGAAACAGAAUUUAAAAAGGUCAAAGUUUUGGGCUCUGGAGCUUUUGGCACUGUUUAUAAGGGACUUUGGAUCCCAGAAGGGGAAAAGGUUAAAAUUCCUGUUGCUAUUAAAGAAUUGAGAGAGGCUACAUCGCCAAAAGCCAACAAGGAAAUACUUGAUGAAGCCUAUGUGAUGGCUAGUGUUGACAAUCCUCAUGUGUGCCGCUUGCUGGGAAUCUGCCUCACUUCCACUGUGCAGCUCAUCACCCAGCUUAUGCCUUAUGGCUGCCUCCUUGACUACAUCCGAGAGCACAAGGACAACAUUGGCUCCCAGUACCUUCUCAACUGGUGUGUGCAGAUUGCAAAGGGAAUGAACUACCUGGAGGAACGUCGCCUGGUGCACCGUGACCUUGCUGCCAGGAACGUCCUUGUUAAGACUCCACAACAUGUGAAAAUCACAGACUUUGGGCUGGCAAAGCUGCUUGGGGCAGAUGAGAAGGAGUAUCACGCAGAGGGAGGCAAGGUUCCUAUUAAAUGGAUGGCAUUGGAGUCAAUUUUACACCGAAUUUAUACUCAUCAAAGUGAUGUCUGGAGUUAUGGUGUGACAGUUUGGGAGUUGAUGACAUUUGGGUCCAAGCCUUAUGACGGGAUCCCCGCAAGUGAAAUCUCCUCCGUCUUGGAGAAGGGAGAGCGUUUGCCCCAGCCACCCAUUUGUACCAUUGAUGUGUACAUGAUCAUGGUCAAAUGCUGGAUGAUUGAUGCAGACAGCCGUCCCAAGUUUCGUGAGCUGAUUGCAGAGUUCUCCAAAAUGGCUCGUGACCCUCCCCGCUAUCUUGUUAUACAGGGAGAUGAAAGGAUGCACUUGCCUAGCCCUACAGAUUCCAAGUUUUAUCGCACCCUGAUGGAGGAGGAGGACAUGGAAGACAUUGUGGAUGCAGAUGAGUAUCUUGUCCCACACCAGGGCUUUUUCAACAGCCCCUCUACAUCUCGGACUCCUCUUCUGAGUUCAUUGAGCGCUACUAGCAACAAUUCUGCUACAAACUGCAUUGACAGAAAUGGGCAGGGGCACCCUGUGAGGGAAGACAGCUUUGUCCAGAGGUACAGCUCAGAUCCAACAGGAAACUUCUUGGAGGAGAGUAUAGAUGAUGGCUUCCUGCCUGCUCCAGAGUAUGUAAACCAGCUGAUGCCCAAGAAACCAUCUACUGCCAUGGUCCAGAAUCAAAUCUACAACAACAUCUCUCUCACAGCAAUCUCAAAGCUCCCCAUGGACUCAAGAUACCAGAAUUCCCACAGCACAGCUGUGGACAACCCUGAGUAUCUCAACACUAACCAGUCCCCACUGGCCAAAACAGUCUUCGAGAGCUCUCCCUAUUGGAUCCAAUCAGGCAAUCACCAAAUAAAUCUGGACAAUCCUGACUACCAGCAGGACUUUUUACCAAAUGAAACAAAACCUAAUGGUCUCUUGAAAGUUCCUGCAGCAGAAAACCCAGAGUACUUGAGGGUAGCAGCACCAAAAAGUGAAUACAUUGAAGCUUCAGCAUGACCACAGAGGAUUUCUUCUUGCAGUGAGGCAAGCCAGACUGGUGAAUUGCCUGGCUGCUGUAAGAACAAACUCUGUUCAGCGCGAAUGGCAACCACAAUGCAUCAAUAAGCACACUUCAGCACGCAAUCUGAAUCUGCAAAGCCAAUCUCACAGGACAGUUUGGGUCUUUUCUUGCCCAUUUCCAUGUAUAGCUGAAGCCCAUACGCUGCACUGAGAUGUGUGUUGAAAUAGAGCGGGAUCUUCCUGUACAGAAAAAAUAUGGAUGCAUUCCUUUCCUUUUCAAAUGGUAGCAUGGUAAGAAGCCACUCUGGGAUGAACUUGUGAACUGUACACUCUAUACAGUCAAAUUCCUUUCUACAAUGCGUAUUUUUAUAAAUGUUCCUAACAGAUUUUUUGGAUCUUUUACAAGAUCAGAUGCUUGUACUGCUUGUCUGUUAGUUGGUGAUCAGAUCACCAGCAGGAAAAAAAAAAACGUUACUAAAUAGUUUUCCAAAAGUCCUGGAACAGAAACAGUUAUUCCAAACCACAGGACUUUUACAAAAUGGCUCCACAUACUCCAUCUUGGCAUGAACAGAAAAAGGGCAUCUGGUGGAUGUAUGGGAGAUUCUGUCUAUGGCAGGAUGAAGCAGAUUAUUAUGGGGAAAACUAGCCCAAGGAGUGAAUGGCACGACACAUCACCAACUGACCACUGCUGCUAAAAACUGACAGGAGGAAUACAGCUCACAAUAAUUUGUAGAUUUUUACUCACUGGUCUGUUUUCUGAUUGUAAAACACAAGGUGUUUUUCUGAUGUGUUAUGCUGUUGUAGAAUUGUCAAAAUGCCUCUCUUCUUCAACAAAACUGCUAAAGAUGUUCCCAUAACUGAAAAAUUAAGUGUCAAAUAAUGCUUUACAGACUCUAAUUAAAUGUCAAGGAAAUGCAAAUGGUUGCAAAUUGGAGCCUUCAUGAGACAGACAGGAAGACUGAUACUAAAUUAAACUUGAGUAAGGGAAGAAACACAGGUAGCUCUAGCCAAGUAGUCUCUUUUAGAGACUCAGAAACCUUUUUGCCUACAUUUGGCAAAGAAAAUAGUAAUGCCCAUGUUAGCAUUUUCCUCACUUCAAGACAAAAUAUGGCCAUCACGCCAGGGCAGAGACUAGGGCUGUUUGCCUCACUGUACCUUUCCCACUGGGGUGACCUCUUGCAUCCCAAGGCAAUGCUAGAGGGUCAGUGAGCAUGGGUUUGGGAAAGGAAGAGUAAUCUAGGAUGGUGGAAAAAGGUUGCCUUCCUCUUAUGAAACACAGAGCUUCCCAUUGCUUCUUCAAAAUACCCAGCCUAGGCUUCUGUUUUCAGUGUGGAAGAGGCAGACUAGCUAAGGUUAAGGUUUUAACUUAACAGUAUAAAUACUCUGUAUACUGAUAGUGUGUCAGUAACAGGAGCCAAAGCAGGUACUCUUUCAAGGGUUCCAUGUUACAGAACUUAAAACUCCUCUAACAAUGACAUUUCUUAUGAAGGCAGUAGGAGUAAAAUGUGUGACUUUCCAGCAGCUUGGCAGCAGCGCAAUUUUAAUCAAACCAUUAGUUCAGAAAUCAAAGGCAUGUUCAUCAAUUUUAGAACAUAGUUUUUACAGAUCUACCAAGGAGUGAAAGAGUGGUCCUGUGAAAUGACCCUUUUUAUAGGUAAUGCAGUGAAAAAAACAUCAGCAGUUUCUGUCUGUGCAGCAGUUCAUCAGCUGCCUUUCAGUUUGAGGUAGAGAAGUGCAUUUAGUCAAAAUCCAAGGGUUUUCCUGGUGUGCUAUUUCAUAGAUUUGUGUCACUGAGAUGUGAGUCCCAGCCACAGUGCUAUGGGGAGUGCAGUGUCUGACUUUGGUUAUUGUUGGUUUGUGUUUAAAACAAUAAUUGAAAUUUAGUUCCCAUGUCCAACCAAAUCUGCCAAUGCAAGGAGAAAUCUGUCGCAGAUUUCUCUUUGCAUUCCUGAGAGCACAUUUGUUCUGCUGCUCUCAAAAGCAGUACGAAUGCACAGGCAGUGCUUUUCUGCCCACCCACUCCCCCAAGAGGAAUGUAAAUAAAACCAAAAUGUAUUUUAACAGAAAGCACAGAUAAUUUUCAGUUCACUAAAUCUGUUCUGUCUCCAAGCAGAAUACUAGAAAAUCAUACAGUGCAUGUCCUCCCAUAGCAAAUUUCCAACAGCAUUACAUGGAAGUAUGUAUUGAUGUUUUAAUCUGUCAUCCAAAACAAGAAAGACACUAAGAGAGAGCAAUAUCUGUAACCAGUGCUAUGUAGCAUUAAAAUUGUUCAAUUCUGGUUAGUUUGCUUGUCCUUCUAAAGCCAUUCAGGAGGAAUUCAGUAGAGACUUAUUACUAGAAACAGGGAAAUACAUCUAAAAUUUAUUUUCAUAUAUAUAUAUAUUUAAUGAGAACAGUAGGAAAGAGGCUUUAGUUCUUGUUAAAAAUUUACAGGAAGAUUCCAGAUUUGUGGGAUUAGCUGUGUUGUGAAAUAAUUCCACUAAAUAUGCACCCUUUAAGCCAUGAUUUGUAAAUAGGCAGCUCAGUAAUGAUUAAAAAGUCAGCAAAAUUUUUAAAAAAAUGGACAGUGCCUCAAGGGGCAGAUACUGGGGCAUUAGGGGUGAAUGAGACUGUGCAGCUGCAACUGGUUGUUGUUGAAGGCAUGGGUGCUACACAGGGUACUGCUUUUGGGUAACAGGCAUUAGCAAGGUACCCAACAAUUGUCACUGAAAAAAUAAUCAAUAAGCAGCUGAAAUGCUUUUUGUCUUGUUUUUUCUUCCCACUGCAGGUCACUGACCAUGUAACAGCAAGUAGCCUCAUAGGUGCUGGUAAAGCCAAACUAGGUCAGGCAACACUUUCACAGGAAUCACGGCACCUUGCUGAUGCAGCGCUGUACAAAAUGCAGGCUACUGAAUGGGACAUAGAAGUUGUGGAUUUACAACUUUUAUGAAACUAAAUAUUAGAAUUUUAUUUUCUAAAUACUAGAAAAAAAUAAAGGUCCUGCAUCUUGACAGCUUACAUACAUUAGCACCCAAAAAUAACUUGAAAGCUCUGCCAUUGUCUCUCAGGAUAUCUGGGUAUAAAACACUGAUUUUAAAAACACAACUAGUGUAACAGACCACAACCACUGGUAAAAGCUAACAGCUGCUUUACAAUCCAGAAAAUAAAACUUCUCUUUUCACUGUAUUUCUCAUGGAAGGCAAAAUGACACCACUCACAAGUUAGUGUCUCUUAAUCAUAAAGCAGAAGUUAGUGACAAACUGUUUUAAAUAAUAAUUUAAGCACUGCAUGCUUGGAUAUGAAAAUGUAAGUCACAUCAAGAUUCUUCAUGUUACUUUGAUGUUUUCCAGCAACCUGUGCACGGUGUUGGUGCACUUCACUUGGGCCUCGGGUUGUUUUCUUCUGCUGCAAAGGAAAUUGGCUUGGGAAUUCUCCUACAUAAGGCAUUACAAAAUAUACUCCCGGAGUUUACUUGAGAGGAAUGGGAGAGUAGUGCCAGGCUGAGGGCAGACAGCCAAUCCAUAUCUGAGACAGCUGCCGAAUUUGCAAUGGAUUGUUCUUGCAGGUAUGGGUGGGAAUAGCUACAUAGAUGGCUCCUCUCCCUGCUUCCACCUUGGAGAGAAGUCCUCUAUAUUUCUAGAGAGACUGUGCAAAAAGCAGUGUUCAGCCUCUGUGCUUCAGGAUGACCUUCAUCCCAACCUUGGAGGUGUACCUGGGGCUGUGGCAGUGUCUGUGCCCUCACACAGUGUCUACAGUGUCCUCAGGCUGUCUGGGUACCAAUGAGAAAUCCAGGGUACCAAUGAGAAACUGCAUUUCCAGACAAGCGCUCAUUUUUCAGAUUCAGAGUUCCAACUUCUUCUAUUAGUAUGACUGUCUCUCCAGAUGAGGAGUUACAAAAUGCCAGCUUUUAUUUCUGCCCAUGCUUCUCUGGAAGAAAUAGUCCGAAUCAGGACAAAGUAUGAAAAUAUACCUGUGUCCUCCCUCCUGAUGAAAACCGUAUACUGAUGAAGCAUCAAACUCUGCAUGUAACACUUAGCAACAAUGCUUUGUAACGUUUUAUCACCACUCAAUCGAUUUUCUAUAUUGAAAUUCCAUUUUCUAGUGUUCUUUUUGUAAGUUUCAUCUCUUUGUUCCAGCAUACAAGCUUUUAAGGAGACUUUUUAAAAAAUAAUAGAAAAAUAAAGUUUAUACAUAAGAAAAAUAUGACACCUUUAAGAAGCUUUUUUAAUAAGCUGCACUAGGACCAAAGAUGUAAUGUUUUGUUUUCUUGCUUUAAAGAAAUAGGGUACUGAUCACCACUCCCACACUAGCUCAUUACAAGGAAAAGCUGCUGAUCUCCAUCCUUCAUUGGGACUGGCCAAAGCAUCGCUGUGCCAGGUGGGCUUCACAGGACGUUGGGGCCUGUCCAUAGAAAACCAAAUCAAAUAUCAGAACCAGAUAUCACUUCAGGGACAGAUCUAUAACCUCUGCUCAAUUUUGAUUCAUUUUCCAUUCAAUGCAAUAGCUAAACAAGGACACAGUAAAGAAAAAAAGAAACAGCUACAUUAUAUUUUGGCUCAGAUUUAGGAAAAAAUACAAUGAUGAGACAUGAUUAGAUAACUGCCUUUUAUGUGAAUAAGUGUGUAGGCAGGCAGUGAGACUUUAAAAUGAAAGCACUUUUUGUUAUGUAUUAUUUUAAUUAAGUGGAGAAGUUGAAGUCAUGACACUUCCAUGAUAGGAUUUACUUUCUGUCACACAUUCUGGCUAUUUGGGCAUUGUGCGUAUUUGCAGAUCACCUGUGUUACCAAAGUCUAGUGGACUGAAACUCAUGGUUCAUUCACAUCAGAAAUAGGUACUGUACGUAAGCCCCUCAUUCUUAUACAUGGGAAGUGAUAUGAGACUGGGAGAGGAGACUGCAGAGACAGUAGGCUUUACUGCCUACUGUAGGCAACCUCAGAAGGAAACCCUCAGUAGCAUUAGGAAAAAAAAAAAAAAAUCUGAAGAAAAAGAGAGAACUGAGGACCUGGCAAGAGACAUGUUACUUGCAUCACUGAAGUCAGCAGGCAAAAUACCUUUGGCAAGUUUCAGGGCUGGUGUUCCACCACCUUUGCACGCUAAGAAAGACAUCGAGGGUCUGGAGUGUGUCCAGAGGAGGGCAACAAAGCUGGUGAGGGGUCUGGAGCACAGGCCUUAUGAAGAGCGGCUGAAGGAGCUGAGAUUGUUCAGUCUAGAGAAGAGGAGGCUCAGGGGAGACUUUAUUGCUCUCUAUAACUACCUGAAGGGAGGUUGUAGUGAGCUGGGGGUCAGCCUCUUCUCUCGUGUGAUUAGUGAUAGGACUAGAGGGAAUGGCUUCAAGCUGCGCCAGGGAAGAUUCAGGCUGCACAUUAGGAAAUACUACUUCUCUGAAAGGGUGGUCAGGCACUGGAAUGGGCUGCCCAGAGAGGUGGUGGAGUCACCAAGCCUGGUGGUGUUCAAAGAGCGUUUGGAUGUUGUGUUGAGGGUCAUGGUUUAGCAAGAACCAUUGGUGAAGGGCGAAUGGUUGGACUGGAUGAUCCUGUGGGUCUUCUCCAACCUUAGCGACUCUAUGAUUCUAUGAUUCUUUCACUCCUUCAUGCUUCAGCUUUGUUGCACAUGGGACUGUCUGGAUGCAAUGUGGUCUCUCUGUAUCCUCCUCCUUGAAGUAAUGAAUUUUCUGAUUAACAAGGUGAAAAGAAUUAAACACAAAACCACACCUGUAACCUACCAAAUGGACUUGCUGAUUCUUUUUUUCUUAUGUAGCUGAAUGGUACAUCAUUUCCAGUUGCUCUGGAAUUGAGCCAAAGCAUACUCCUAACCUCUCACAAUCUAACUGAAAACUGGAUUUUCAAAUACCAUCAAUGCUAUCCUUAUAUUUAAUGAAAGGGACAUGUGAAGUAGUUGUCUACAGUGAUAGGAGGGUUGGCUUACAUACCUAAGUUUCUUUUUAAUCCAACAUUCCUAAUUCUGUUCCCCUUGAAAUAAAUGGGAUGUUAAACUUGAUUUCACUGAGAGUAUAAAACAAGGUUAAUGUUGAGUGAUUUUGAUAACCAGAGAUCCUAUGGAUCUAUUGCCCCAUUUUAGGCUGCUUUGAAUUGAUGCAAUCAAUUGAAUAUAACGAAUAAUGUCUUUGUUUUAAUGAACUAUCAAGCAAUAUAUCCAUAGAUACAGAUGGUACCCUUGCAGCAUUGUAAAGUUACUUAACUAUGAAAGCACUAUUUGUACAAUAAGAAACUCAUGACUUUCCUAUGGUUCGAUGGCUUAUACUGUUGAUCAAAUAUUGUUUGUAUAUUGAGCGAGAAAAAUGAGGUGUAUAUUAUUCUUUUUAUUUGUUUUUAAUUUGUUGAGAACUUUUGUUGUCAUAUACUGUUGUAUCUGGGGAGAAGAAAAAUUAGUGGCUAGCUUGCAGGGGUUUGUAGCCAGAGAAGAAAUCACGUUAGGGAUUCUUUAUUGAUGGACUUAGAUUUUUGUAAAAGCAGUCACCUAGGGGAUUUAUCCAGUGCUUAGUGAAGCUAAUAACAGAACCUUUCCUCUCUUCAAGACUAUUUGGCUCUCUCUAUGCACAGUGCAGGACUUCCAUAAUGUGAGUAAAAAUUCAGCUAACAAUUGUGACCACUGGAAGUACAAUAUAAGACAUGGUGCUGCUUAUCAGGGCGCUAACAAAAUACAUGGCAGGUUCUCACUUCAGUUUUAUGGCAAAAGCAGAAGGACAGUCAAAGCAAUCCCUCAGAUUCUCAUCCACGUCACAUUUGGCAUAUAAAGCUAUACUGAUGGACAUCUCUGAAUUUCAUAAUCACGAGUUAUGCACAGCAACACAGCACAGCUCCAUGGUAAGGAAAGUCAAAAGUUUCAAUUAGAGUCACACACAUGAAAAACAGUAACAUUAUUAUGCUACUCUAGCAAAAAGGAGAAAUUCUGUUAUCAAAACAAACGAAAUAAAGCCUCAAGGUUCCCCAGGUAUUGGUGUUUAAUUAUCCAAGUGGUGGAACACAUAGCAGACAAAGAUAAAAAGAUUGCAGGAUCUGUGAUAUAACAGAGCAAAAUACAUUGGGUUUACAGUACAGUAGAGAGGAGCUAGAAUUGACAGUACACAUUCAGCCUGGAUAAGUCCCUGGUAUCAUCAUUAGUAAACUAAUCAUUUUUUCUCUCUAAAGAUUAAUUUCGUACAUAGGAAAAAAGAAAAAAAAAAAAGAAAAAACAAAACAACAACAACAACAACAAACAUUACAGCACCUUUCUCAUUUUCAUCUUUCCAUGCAGUCCCUUCCAACACAUAGGCUGCACAUCUUACCAGCUCAACUUACUUUAUGCAGAAAUGAUGUAGUCUUAAUAUUACUGGUUCUCAGAAAUGUCUAAUGUGUAUUAAUGCAUGAUAUUUUUAUUUUAAUAAAAGUAAUUAAAUAAA